GAACUCCUUUGAGAAACAAUUACAAAGCAACAAAGGAACAUGUGGAGUAUACGCAGCCCACUGUGUGCAAUUCUGUUGGUUUCAGUAUCCUGGAUUCCAUACAUUUACGGCCAUGGCAUGAUGUUGGUACCUUCAGGAAGAGCGUCGCGAUGGCGGUUCAACGAUUCCGCCCCUGUCAACUAUAACGAUAUGGAAGCAUUUUGCGGCGGCCUCACUAACACAUGGAAGAAACAUGGUGGCAAGUGUGGGAUCUGUGGAGAUGACUACGGCAUGCCAACACCUCGACCGCACGAGUUGGGAGGAGAAUUCGGCGAAGGACAUGUUGUUGCAACAUACCCACCAGGAGGGCAAAUUCCAAUCAGCGUAAAGCUCAUUGCCAACCAUCGGGGGUACUUUGUUUUUGAUGUUUGCAAUUUGGAUCGUGAACCUGAAACGGAAGAAUGCUUUAAAAGGCUUAAACUUUCUGAUGGAAAUGACCAAUAUGACUUGAGAUACUUCAGGCCGUCUACAUUUAAUAUGACCGUCCAAGUUCCCCACAAUUUGAACUGCGAGCAUUGCGUUCUACGUUGGCAUUACAAAUCAGCUAACAUGUGGGGAACAUGCGAAAAUGGGACCAGCACCCUUGGCUGUGGACCACAGGAAAUUUAUCGUUCGUGUGCUGAUAUAUCCGUUAAAAGGCAAACACACUGGUAGCCAGAAACCUUAUGUGCAUCAAUUGGUUCGCAUUUGAAAAGUAAAAAUGUCUAUUGAAAAU